AUGGUCAUCUUCACUCUGGCGCUCUGCGCUCUAGCAUUGCUCCCCUUCGCACUCACUAUCCCGACGCCGUCUUCGGUCAAUAGCGACAUAACACUUUUAUACUACAACGAUCUAGACGCGUAUACUGCUUCGGAGCACAAGAGCGUCCUGCUUCUCACUCCGCGUGCUCAGCAAGACGCUGCUACCGCUUGCGCCGGCUUGAGCGAGACCUUGCUUCCCGUUAACCAGACCUUCUUCAGCACCGAGCUCGUGCCCCUGCUUCAGUACCAGGCUUAUGAGGGUGCCUAUGGCUCAAGUCAAUUUUAUUGGGUCGAAUCAGUCGGCGAUUCGUGCACCGCUGUUGACAGUCUAGGGAUUGUUACUACUGUGUCAUGCGACACAGAGCUGCCCGCGCUGUGUAGUCAGAGCUCCGCUUAUGGGACAUAUGCCGAACCGAGCAACAUGCUCACAGUGCUUUCGAAUGAUCUAACAAUAACAGGCUACCGCGAUCAACUCUCCUUCAAAUUCGAGGGUAUCCCGUACGUUGAUCCCCCGACACGUUUCACCUAUUCGACGCCAUACACCGGUUCUAAAACCCUGAAUGCAACCGCUUAUGGGCCCGAAUGCAUCCAGGCUGGAGUUCCAACAGGCAGCGAGGACUGUCUUUAUCUGAAUAUUUGGACUCCCUAUAUUCCCCUUGAUCCUUAUACCGUGUCCGCCUCGAGUCUCAAGCCUGUCCUCUUUUGGAUUCAUGGCGGCGCGUUCACCAGUGGUACAGGCUCAGACCCGACAUUCGCAGGUGGCAAUAUGGCGUCCCGCGGCGAUGUUGUAGUUGUCACCAUUAACUACCGUCUGUCCACGCUCGGCUUCCUCGCGCUUGAGGACGGGGUGACGAACGGCAACUUUGGGAUCGCUGAUCAGGUUGCUGCGCUGGACUGGGUGAGGGAGUACAUCACCGCUUUCGGCGGAGAUGUGAACCGGAUCACUAUCUCCGGCCAGUCUGCUGGUGCUGGAUCUGUACGCGCGUUGCUGGGCUCGUCUGAGGCGAUCGGGAAGUACGCCGCUGCUGUGCCAAUGAGCAACCUCGCUGGCUCAGACUACGCCACUACGUACUCGUUGUACUACACCAUACCGGAGGAAGUGGAGGUCGCGGUGUACCCGAUCCUGGAGGAGAUAGGAUGUAACAUCACAGAUGCUCUGGCAUGCCUGAGAGCCUACGAUGCUUACGAGCUCGUUAGCCUUACUAACGUGGCUAGAUAUCUUGUUGUCGACGGCACUUACAUCAAAACGACGGAACUCAUCCUAAACGGCACUGCACCCAUUGCUAAUGUUCACACUAUGAUGGGGUAUAUGCGCGAUGAUGGUGCCGCUUUCAUCGGGUACCCUACAAGCGGUAACCUUACGCAGGGUCUUCUGGAACAGUACUUGCCGGCCAGCGUUGCAAACAAUAGUCUCUUCCCUGAACCGACGGGAACGAACGCCACGCUCGAUGUAUUCAAUGUGACCGCUCGCACCGCGACCGAUGUUGAAUUCCGUUGUUUGGAUCAAGCAACAGCAUGGUCCGCCAUACAACACGACCUCUUCGAGAGCGUAUGGUUCUACCAAUACAACAGGAGCUAUCAGCCUUCCGGCUACAGUCCAAAUUACCCCGUGUGCAACGCACCGAUAACCGAAGAGUAUCCGUAUGGUGAUCCUUCCCUGGAGUAUUUCAAAUGUCAUUCAGGAGAGCUUUGGUACGUAUUUGGGACUUUGCCGACCACGGCCCCAUAUCGCGACGACCAGGACCUACCAUUCAUGCAGCGCAUGCUGGACGUUUGGACCUCCUUCGCUCGCACCUACAAUCCUAACCCAGAUCCCGGCUUCCUGCUUGCGCGCGGGUACACUGGCACACUGCUCCAACUUUCGGAAGAGGAGCCGUGGCUCCCGGUCACGACCGCUACUGUCGGUUUGACCCCAUUAAGGACUCUCCAGUGGCAGAGCUUCAUGUCCGAAUUCGCUGAACAGCCGCAAUGCGACUAUCUCGGCUAUCCAUUAGAUUACUUCGGAUGA